AUGACUUCAGCAUCUACAGAACAACCAAUCUCCAUUGCUAUCAUAGGCUCCGGUCUAAUCGGUCCUCGGCAUGCACAAUCGAUUCUUCAAAAUCCACAGGCCACUUUGCAUUCCCUCACAGAUCCUGCUCCACAUGCCGUCAAAAUUGCGACUUCCCUAUCGACCACCUACUACUCCUCGCUACCCUCCCUUCUCUCAUUCUCCUCGCUACCAACGGCAGUCCUAAUCUGUACCCCAAACCAUACCCAUGUUCCUAUUGCCAUCUCUUGUAUCGAAGCUGGCAUAAAAUAUGUUCUGGUGGAAAAACCCGUCUCGACAUCCAUACAAGAGGGCGCUAAAUUAUUGUCCAUUGCAAAAGAAUAUAAUGCUACCAUAUUAGUCGGUCAUCAUCGACGCUUCAACCCCUAUCUUGUAUCUGCAAAAACUGAGCUUGAUUCUGGAGUACUCGGUCAAAUAAUUGGUGUUCAAGGUAUAUGGGCGUUGAAAAAGUCCUCAUCAUAUUUUGACGGUAUUGGAGAAUGGAGAAGAAAUGGUGAGAGCGGUGGCGUGGUGCUCAUUAAUUUGAUACAUGAACUCGAUUUGUUACAAUACUUACUAGGCAAGAUUACUAUGGUGUCUGCUAUUGAGAGUAAGAAAACUAGAGGCUUUGAUGCUGAAGAAGGAGGGGCGAUGAUAUUGCGAUUUGAGAGUGGAGUAGUAGGAACCAUUUUGCUAAGCGAUGCUGUUCCCUCUCCAUGGAAUUUCGAAGCUGGUACCGGAGAAAAUCCUACUGUCCCUCAGGUAGGUAAGGAGAAUGGUGCGGGUGGGUUCUAUCGAAUAUUGGGGACGAAAGGAGGUAUAAGUGUGCCUGAUUUAACAAGGUGGAGUUAUGAAGUUGGGGAAGGAGAGAAGGCGUGGAAUGAUGAGUUGAAAAAAGAUGAAAUACAGGUUGAUACUGAAAUUGUGCCUUUUGAUGAACAGAUCAAACACCUAGUCCAGGUAGUAAAGGAAGGUAAGAAACCAAUAUGCAGUGGGGAAGAGGGUUUGAGUGCGAUGGUGGUAUGCGAGGCAGUGAGAGUGGCAAUGAAGAGCGGGGAGAUGGUUGAGAUUGAGGGUCUGGAUAUUGUAAAGAGAAUUAGCAGGCAUAAUUAA